AGCUUCCUCGUUUACCUUCCACGUUUUCAGCAUCCGGUCUGUGACGAUUACGUAUACGGCAUCAAUCGCCUUGUCGAAGUGUUCGACAUUGAUCAGAGCAGCGAUGAGAGUCAUUGCUAUCAAGAGAUGUUGGAACUUGGAAGCUGUUCAUUUUGACUGCGACCCGCUGGCGACGAGCUCCAGCGACGACGAGUGGUCACCGUCGUCCGGGAAUGUCUAGCAGGCGCAUGCAGGCUGGAAGGUCAACUGGCCGGGGGGCGAGAGCGAGAAUAGCUUUCAGUUUAGCGAGCUGUUUGAGCGGUUUUGUUCGUACCGCGACGAGAAGAGCUUGGGCGAUCAUGGGGGCGCCUAGAAUGAGAGAGUGUUCAUGGACACGUGGUUUAUGGACACCAUGGUGUGACUAACUUGAGCAGUGUUGCCUGGUCGCCAGAUGAAAAUUAUAAAAAUUUGUAAAUUGAAUAUUGCAAUUAUCAGAGCUCUAAAAAUUGCGUAACUUGGUGUAUAUACUAAGUAGCCUAUGAGCAUUCCAUUUCAAGAAUAAUCUAUCUGUUUAAUUUUCGUGUCAUAACCCCUUUAAGUGUAAACAAUGGCGGUAUUACGCGAGGCGUCUGCAUCUACGGCUCCUGAUCUACCUCAAAUUAAGCACAAAAAGGAGCCGGGGCAUCUGUACUCGAGCUUGUCGUUUGUUCUGAUUUUUAUUUUUAUCGGGCUCCCUGUCUGGUGGAAGGCAACGACAGUAUACAGGGUGAGCCUUCCGUACAGCGAGAUUGAGGCGCUCAGCUCAAAGAAGAUCGUUCAGCGCAUCAGUGUUCAUGUGCUCCUCGUGGAAAAGCAGUAUCCAGAGGGAGACCUCGUGAAUCUGCUCGACAAUGCAACGUCGGCGAAGCGGACAGCCCAGUUUACGGACGGAAAUGAGUAUGUGUACGAGUGGGCCGUGAGACUCGCCUACCAGGAUGAGACCGACCUUCUCCUGUCCGGAAAGACGCUCGAAGAGAUUGACACUGCUCUUCACCAUAUGGAACACCUCCGUGCUGACAAUCGGUUGAACGUUGUGGUCGUCCCAAAUGGAACUUUCAAAGGAAAGGUGACCAUCGGUUUGCACAAAACCAUCUACUUUGAAGGGGGUGAGGGGUUGCAAGACCUUGCUAGAAGCAUUGAUAAUGUGGUCAGAGAAGACGCCAUCAGAGAAGACCUGUUGAAAAGACUCUUUACGUCCCCCAAGAGCCAGGAAAGAAGCAGGCCAGACAAAGAGCGCAUGAGGCCACUGAGCGCAACCACGAAGUUUGAUGUGACGUUCACGCUGAUUGUACCCGAGCCCCAGAUUCUGGACGUCAGCUGGAAAAUCCAAGAAGCAAUUCAUGCUUACAUGGGACCAUUCCUGGACAGGGUUUCCACGCUUGCCACGGUGAACGUGAAAAGUCAGGUGCUGUACUUAACUGACCUGAAAGUGCAGCCGCACUUCGACAAGGAGAAGGGUGUGUACUCGUUGACUGCAGACAAGCUGCCCCUGAUUAUAAACCCAGUGGAAGGAAGCAGCGGGUUGCACGCAUCAGUAAAUCCUGCGCUAAAUUUCAUGGUCUAUGUGGUACCUCGAGCACAUCAUCCACUCUAUGUGUACGACGAAAGAGGCCAGCCGCUGGAGACAAAUGCUUUCCUUUCGCCCAAGUGGGGCGGGUUCCUCUUCUACAACGUGCCCAAGUUUCCCGAGAGCGGUGCCGCCCUGCCAGCACGUGUGGACUUGGACAUGCGUUCUAUCUUCCAAGUUUUUCUCGGACAGCUGAGGUUACUGAUGGGACUGCCCGACACGAGGCCUAAGGAAGGGCUGCAUGUCAUGGAAGACUCAGUCUGCUCAGAUCUCGAAGUGGACUUUCUGCUCAGGAGAAGAACUCAGGAUUACUUGUCCAUGUCUGUUUCCUCCUUGUUUUCACUGUCUCAGCUGCUCAGCACCAUCUCUAACAUUGUGAUCAAAGACGAGAUUGGAGAUCUGAUCUACUCUUCAGUGCAUUCUGCAGAGAGGAGCUUGGAACUGCUCUCGAAAGGUGACCUGGAGACCGCUUUUAAAGAGGCUGAAGCUGCAUUUUUGGCCUCUGAAAAGGCAUUUUUUGAUCCCUCCUUGCUUGCCCUCUUGUACUUCCCAGAUGAUCAAAAAUACGCCAUCUACAUUCCCCUGUUCCUGCCAAUCAGCAUUCCAGUUCUUUUGUCACUUCGGUAUAUUUUGACACACUACAGGCAUACCAAGACUGCAAAGGUGGAUAAAGUGGACUAGGCCAUGAAGAUUAUAUAGUAUUACUAAUGUGACACUGAAUUUCCAGCCCAAUAAAAAGAUGUAUACCAAUUAAAAAA